UAUGAAUCUAUCGCAUCUAUUUUUAAAUAAAAAAAAAUACGUCAAUGUCAAGUUAAAGCUUCCAUUCGUUUUCUUUUACAUUCCAUUUUUUCUGUAUAAUAAAUGUAAUUAGAUCCCGUAUCUUUAUUAAACAUUCGGCUUUAGGCCCACGUUCAAAGUUUGAUGGAUCCUUGGGGCAGCGAAAUUGCCGAAGAAACUGUAGUUUCGCCGAAAUUUGAAGACGAUUUCACGCCCGCGCUCGACUCGGGAAAAUUAUCCGAUUCGGCUGAAUACUUGGCUAUCUUAGAGCGUAAAUUGAAGUCAAUUCGAGCUAAGAACAAGGUUGUGGAGAACUUGGCGGCGUACCGCGCGGAUUGCAUCGACCGGUUGAUGCGAGAGGGCUGCGACUUGGACCCCGUCAUCGGCGACACCGAGGAAGACCAGCUCAUCGAAGAAGAAGAACCUCAGUAAACCAAACUGUAAGUAAUCAUGGCUUCAUCAUCUUCAAACAACAUUGACCUUUCUGGGCCCACUUACGUUGUGUUGAGUGGAGCUUCCCAGGGCAUCGGGCGAGCCAUAGCUGUAGAAAUAUCUAAACUCCUCGGUCCAAACUCCUUGAUGUUGCUGCUGGCGCGUAACAAGGUGGAACUGGCUGUGACAGCGGGCCUGUGCGAAUCUGACAAGGUAAAAGUUAUAUUUAACUCCAUAGACUUGUCGAAAGCAUCCAAUGAUGAAAUGAAAGCUGUAAUGAACAAUUCACUUGCUGGACAGAAAGUCACUGACUUCAACACCAGUGUGAUCUUCCACAAUGUUGGCUCUCUUGGAAACUUGGCUGUGGAGACAUUCCGUAUGGACAAUAUGGAAGAACUGAGAGAAUACUAUGACCUUAAUGUUUUUAAGGUGAUCAGUAUGAAUACCCAAUUUCUGAAGAUCUUUGAAGAAGUUGAAGACAGAGUGGUUAUUGUGAACAUUACAUCUCUGUGUGCUAUCAAGCCGAUGAGUGGCAUGGCAUACUACUGCAGUGGAAAAGCAGCUCGGGAGAUGUAUUUCAAAGUGCUUGCGGAAGAGAAAAAGCAGAUUAGAGUUCUAAACUAUUCCCCAGGCCCGGUGGAGACAGCUAUGAUUGAUUAUGUCUUAGCGGAAACGGUGAAUGAGAAUCUCAGAGAUGUGUUUACUACAUUUAAGAAUCAGGGUACCCUUCUGAAGCCUGAGAUGACGGCUAAGAAGUGCAUGCGCGUGCUGCAGGCGGGCAGGUUCGCUCCGGGUGAACACGUUGAUUACUUUGAUGAUGAGUAAUCUUUUCUUCUUUGAAUUUUUAGGAAUUUAGGUGGAGUUCUUUGACAGUUAACAUCAGUGCCAUUUUUACCCGAAUUUAUUUUAAUUAAUUCUUGAUGAUUGUUACCUAAAUGUGUACAUAAUGUUACAUGUUAAUAAAAAAAUUUGCCACUUUAUAAUAACUUUUUAAACUCAAUUUGACUUCAUCAAAUACAUUUGCCAAAUAAAGCCAAGUGAAUAGCCUAAACUAAGGCCUAACAACUUGCUUAGAACUCCUUCUAGAUAAUCAAAUUUUCCUGAAAAAGAUGCCACUUUGUCCAUUGUAAAGGGGUCAAUUCACACUCAAAAAUGGUUCCCAGACUGUAAGAAACAUUCUUAUAGGUAGAUGUCGCUAUACGCCACCCUAAGGCGUUUAGGCAUGGAGGGAAGGCAUGGAAAAAUUCGCACGUAUCCAGCAGGGCUCCGGGGCUAAGUUGGUCAUAGUGACUGUUCCAUCAAAGCAGUGGGUUGCAGGUUUUAGUUCUGCCAGAGGUGUGAAUUUUCCAUUUUUCCUUUAAUUUAAAAAUAUGCAGACUAAGGGCCAGUUGCAUCAACCACAUUUGACAGACACAUCAUCGUCACGCAGCAGACGUCUAUGGAACUUCCCAUACAAGAAAAUUUAACGAACGCUUUAACGGUGACAGACGGUUUGGUGCAACCGACCCUAAGAGUUCUUUAGCUCUCUAGUGAUAAGUAGCUUUCUUACUACUCACUCGCUAAUGUUUAGAUUGUCCUAUCUCAACUACAUAUCUUGUUAGAUCUGACUUAAUACCAAGUAGGUGAUAUCUCUAGUUCCUAAUGAAUUGUGUAAUAUGUAGCUGCCAAAAAUAACCUAAGAUAAGUGUCACUUCUCUUCUCUUUAAUCUAUUAUAGCUUUUUUUAAAUGUAAAACUCUAAUCUACUUUUUUUUCACCUGAACACAUGUGAAGGUCAAUGCAAAGUCACCUUAAAUAAUUAAUAAAAAACUUCAUACACAUUUCAUUUUUAAAAUUUUCGCAAUAUCUUUAAAUGAAUUUUUGAGGUCCUAAUUGUAUUGUUAGUAGGUUCAAUGUUUAUUGUAAAAAUGUAGUGAGAAAAACAACGCAUAUUUAAGUAUAGGUGGUAUACAUUUAGGUUUAAAAAUGGUUCUGGCAGCUACAAUUCAGUAAAGUUUUUUUUUUGUUAAAUCUAUUCAAAAUUAUCUUUUUUUAAGAUUUUUUCUAGAACUUCUACAUUAAUAGGGUAUCUAUGACAAUAUUGUGAAUGUUUGUAAAACGAUAGGCUAACCGACUUAAAAAAAUGUAACAUGUAUACUUAACAUCAAUUUUUAUUUACAAACGUUGAUAUAUUAAAGGUUUAUGUUAUAUUUUUGUCUGCAAAAACUUGUGAAAUUUCUUUAUUUUUCAGAAUAGCAGACUAUGUUAUGACUUAUGUUUACAUUAAAAAAUGAAUUAAUUUGUUAAGCUUGUUAUAUUUAAUUGCAUAACUUCAUAAUGUCAGCACAUACUUGAUAAUGAAAGUGAAUGAAUGACAAAAUGUCUGACCUGUUAUGUAAUUUAAAAGUCGACAUUUUUUAAACCGGUUAGUAUAUAAUAAUAAGUCUAUUCGUAUACUUAGUGUGACACAUUCCAUAUCAUAGUUAUAAUGCCCCAGGCAUUGUUAUUUAAAAAGGUCUCGACUGAAUUCACGUACAAGCUAAAUUAAUUCUUAAUCCAGCUAAAAUGUAGUUGCAAUUCGUUGGGACUUUUUAACUACGUAUUUUUUCUCGAACAUUUCAAAAUUAUGCAAAAUUUAAAGAAAUUGUCGUUUUCAUGUAACCUAAAGUGUAUCUUAUGAAUGCAAUUCAUAUAAUAAAUGCUUGAAUCAAA